CGCGCGGGCGCGCGGGUGGGCGGCCCGAGGCCAGGCGGCGAGGUCCUCCAGCGCCACCGGCGCAGCGCAGUGCAGCGUAACGCCAGGCGAGGAGCGUACCGGCGCGGCCCAGCACGUUCCAGCGUCUUCGGGACCAGGCGCUCGCUGCUGCUUUUAAGGUGGAAGAAGCUCUCGCUCACAGCUCUUUUCCGCCCUUGCAGCCCUUUCUCUGGACGCCGAGCAAAACACAGGCACCCCUGCCUGCUACACACUUCUCAUCUUUCCCGUUGGAUGAGGUCGCUUGUAGGUCCAGCCUCGGCCUUAGGGCUGCCCGGUUGGAGGAAAGGCAUCAGUGUUCCAGUGCAGGACCUUUUCCAGGACACUCACGAUGACAGUUGCCAAGUCCUGUAGUAGGUCCUGGGUGAGGAAGCCUUGACUCAUGGGACAUAACAGCAUUGCUGGAUGCCUGGCACAUUUAAGAAACCUGACUGCAUAAGAAGCACUCUACAUGGGCAGAAGAUGUUACCUGGAAUCAGAGCACUAAAUGAUCCCGACUUUUCUUGAUUUAAAUGUGCUGCCCUCCAUUUCAAGAUGCCUUUGCACUUCUGAUAAAUGCAAACUGACAAAUCUCCAGGCCACGACAGAGGGGAAAUCAUUACUGCUUGAAGCCUGGAAGACUGCCCUUAAUAAAGCCAAGUCCCCAAUUGUUGUUGAAAUGCUGAGGAAGUUGCGGAGGAGGAAACUUUUUUCUUAUCCCACUAAAUACUACUUCUUCCUUCUUGUUUUUUCCCUGGUCACCUUCUCUGUUUUAAGAAUUCAUCAAAAGCCUGAAUUUGUAAAUGUUGGACAUUUGGAGCUGCUUGAAGAGAAUCCUAGUCGUAAUAUUAAUUGUACCAAAGUUCUACAGGGUGAUGUAGAUGAAAUCCAAAAGGUAAAGCUUGAGAUUCUAACAGUGAAAUUAAGAAAGCGCCCUCGAUGGACAAACUAUGACUACAUAAACAUGACCAGUGAUUGUGCUUCUUUCAUCAAGAAGCGCAAAUAUAUUGUAGAACCCCUUAGUAAAGAAGAGGCAGAGUUUCCAAUAGCAUAUUCUGUAGUGGUUCAUCACAAAAUUGAAAUGCUUGACAGGCUCCUGAGGGCUAUUUAUAUGCCUCAGAAUUUCUAUUGCAUUCACGUGGAUACAAAAUCAGAGGAAUCCUUUUUGGCCGCAGUGAUUGGCAUUGCAUCCUGUUUCAGUAAUGUCUUCGUGGCCAGUCAGCUGGAGAGUGUUGUGUAUGCAUCUUGGAGCCGGGUUCAGGCUGACCUCAACUGCAUGCAGGACCUCUACCGAAUGAACGCAGACUGGAAGUACUUGAUAAAUCUCUGCGGUAUGGAUUUUCCUAUUAAAACCAACCUGGAAAUUGUCAGGAAGCUCAAGUUGUUAAUGGGCGAGAACAACCUAGAAACAGAGAGAAUGCCAUCCAAUAAAAAAGAAAGGUGGAAAAAGCAUUAUGCAGUCGUGAAUGGAAAGCUGACAAACAUGGGGACCGACAAAAUACAUCCUCCUCUUGAAACACCUCUGUUUUCAGGCAGUGCCUAUUUUGUGGUCAGUAGGAGGUAUGUGGAGUAUGUGCUCGAGAAUGAAAAAAUACAAAAGUUUAUGGAGUGGGCAAAAGACACAUACAGCCCGGACGAGUAUCUCUGGGCCACUAUUCAGAGGAUCCCCGAAGUCCCAGGGUCACUGUCCUUAAGCCAUAAGUACGACAUGUCCGACAUGCACGCGAUUGCCAGGUUUGUCAAGUGGCAGUACUUUGAAGGUGACAUUUCCAAGGGCGCCCCCUACCCGCCGUGUAGCGGCGUCCACGUGCGCUCUGUGUGCGUUUUCGGAGCGGGUGACUUGAACUGGAUGUUGCGCGUGCACCACUUGUUCGCCAACAAGUUCGACACGGACAUCGACCUCUUUGCCAUCCAGUGUUUGGAUGAGCAUCUGAGGCAUAAGGCCCUGGAGACAUUAAAACACUGACCCUUGGAGGCAGUUUUAGAAAUAAUUAGGAGGCAUGAGAUGUACCCCAUUUGAUUCUUCCGCCUACAGAAUCUAACUCUUCAAGCCAGAGAAGCUCUAUGGUUUCUGCUUAGCAGGUUGGUUAGAAAGGUUGUAGCCUUCAGGCUUGACUUAGAGUCAGUGAGAGGGUAGGGCAGGUUGCAGGGCGUUGUGCGGGGGAGUGGUCCGGGGCGGCUGGGGAAGAGGUUGAAUGCAAGUUAUCCUGUUUAAAGAGCUCAGGGACUGAACAAAACCUGAAGGUUUGACCUGUGCCAAAAUUGCUUGGAGAGCUUUAAAUAUGAUGGUUUUUCCUGAUUUGAAUAGAUUUAUAGCAACAGCCAACAGUCAGGAUGUAAUUUAUUUUGUAGACCACGUUUGUUGAAAGAGAAAUUUGACUUUAUUCUAAAUGAUCUUUGUAAAUGAUUGACUUUCUGCUGUAACAUUGCAUUGUGUUGUGUGUCUCUAUAUGCCAUCUCAGGGAACUUGCAAAAACGGGCUUGACUGAAUGUGAAUAUUUCCCAUUUACGCUUUUAACAAUGUACAUAUGUUUUUAAAAGCGCCCCCCCCCCGCCGCCAAAAAAAAAGACUUUAUAGUUUAGUUGAUUCUAUGAAUCAUCUUAGGUUAUCUACAAAGUUAAGGUAUCUUUGAUUAUUAUAAUGUCUACAGAGUAAUACUCAAUUUUUUCAAAUAUGUCUCUCUUCUCCUCCUCCAGUCUCCCUAGACCCUGCUAUCAAGCUGUAUAUAAACUUGUUUUCAUAGUGCUCCAUAUUCCUAGUGUCCCAUAUUACAGCCUCAGUUCUCCUAUGUGAUCCGAUUGGCAGUAAUUGGUGUGGAGAACUAAGACAGAAAGGGUGAAGUGUAAGUAUGGCAGAGGGGAGGAGUCAUAUGUAGACAAUCUCUGAGGCCUAUGAUGCAGCAAUCGGUACUAUCCCCAGAAAUUAAGCCUGUUGCUCUUUGGGUCUGCUUGUGCCCAUCCCCCAGCCUCUUGCAUCUGACUGUCACCUCUGUCGCCUUUUGAAAGGAACUGGCUUCCCGUCUUCUUCUUCAUGUUACCUGCCCAUUGGUUAUUCGUUAGCUCUUGCAUUUUCAGUUCCCUUCUCUCUCGGAACCUAUGAGGAGGGGAAAGGUGUGCUGUUGUACCACCUGCCAUGCUUGAAGGCCUGGGUAUCCUAAAGGGAACAUUAGAUUUGGGGCGGAUUGUCUCAGUAUUGAUAUUAUUCUCAGCAUAUGGUUUUUACUCUGUUUUUCACUAAAAGACAGAUUUGCGGUUGCUAUUGUGCUGUCUCAAAUCUCAAAGUAAAUGAAGAUUUAAAAAAAAAAAACCAACUUGCUCUUUUGCUAAGCUGAUACCAUUCAGCCAUCGAUCUAAUAGGAAAUGAGAAGCUUUAUCAUUUAGCUGAGACUUCAAACAAGAAUCAAAUCCAUGUACUUUAUUUUUAAAACUUAGACAACUUAAAUAGUAUAUGGGAAAUAUAUAAUAUCAGACAGUUUUCAGGCAUUCAACUGAUAAAACAUUUUAUUCCUCAGAGUUAGGAAACAUUUUUAUUUUAUGGAGAGGUUUGUUAUACUGACCCUCUUGAAUGAAAGUUUCACAGUUUUGGAAACUUAAUCAUUUGUAAAUGUGCAAGUCAGUGGAUUGCUAUGGUUUGCAUGAUUUAACAGGGCAGCCAAUGUUAGACCAAGAAAAACAUACCCACUUUGAAAAUUCAUGAGGUGAUGUCAGUGAGGACAUUAUAUGCAUGGUAUUCUGUCUCCAUUGGCUUCUAAACCAAUUUUUUCUUUGAAUGCACGUCACAUGUCUCUCCCAUGCUCUCUUUUAGAAGAAAGAUUUUACCUGUAAGUUGGGCCUUUUUUUUUUUUUUUUUACUCUAAAACCAGUGAUUUUCAGUGACAUACUUUGUGUCUAUGUCUUGUGUUUCUUUAACUUCAUUCAUUGUAUCUUGAAUACUGUAGACAUUUGUCAUUUUUUUAUUUUGAAUAUUUGCAAAUUUACGGGAAAGUUAAAAGUAAUAGUACAGUGAACAUCAUAGGACUUUCACCUGGAGUCACUGGUGGUUAGCAUUGUGCUCAUUUGCUCAGUUUUAUGGAUUUUGGAAUUUAGCAAAAUUGAAAAUUGAAAGUUAAAAAAAAUUUUACAAAUAUCUUCGCAGUGCUCCUACUGUAGCAUGACUGAAUCUGAUUGACAUUUAAAUUGGCAGCUUUGAGGGUUUUUUUUUCCUCCACCAUAGAUGUAAAAAUAUGAUUUUAGGAUCCGUUUCCACAAGCCCCACACUACAACUGUGCACCCACCAUCUUUUAUGUAGCUGUGGUACGUCAUCUCUCUAGAAUGGCACUUGCUGAAAUGUGUCUGAAUAUUACCCUAUUGCUAAUAGCUUUACAGGGAUUAUAUAGCCAUUAGGACUCAAUUUUAUACUAUCCAACCUAACUUAAAACAAAUAAAAUUCAUAGUAGUGGAACAAGCAAUUGGAAGAAUCAAGAAGAUGGUUUCAAAAGGAAACCCUUACUACAUUCAGGAGGAGCAAAAAUGUUGUAAGUUCUUUGGGAAAGAUAAAUUAUUUAAAUUGCUUCCUGUAUGUCAGUUAUUAAGUACUAAUUUCUUUUUGCUGUCAUUUAAGGUCUUUUUUAUAGGGAAUUAUUAGAAAUCGUAUUCCCAAAUAAAUCCUUAAAUAUACAUAAACUGCAAUUUUUUAAUGGAAGCGUUCUAGUUAAUGAAGUACUGAUCAAGAUUCACAUAUUACUUAUUAAGGACAAGAGUUAACAAAAAUGGUUCUUUCUUUAUAGGCAGUUACCUAGGCUCUUCCCAGACCAUGGUAAACAGCCAUUCAGCCUUGAAAAUGUGAAACACUAUUGUCUCUAAACAUGUAUUUAUGUCAUUCGUCAAGCACAAUUCACUUAAAGAACAGAAGUGGAUUUUCUUUUGUAGUCAUUUGGGGGAGGAGGAAGCCAUGUUUUACUUCAUUUCAUCUGUAGAGUCAGUUGACCUGGACUUUUUCAGUUGGCUUAGGAAAAUAAAAAUCAUUUCUCAUUAUGGUAAACAUAAAUAAGUAAAUGCAACACUUUCAUGGCAAGUGUGGUUACCAUAAGGUUUACUCUUUUGAAUACGGGCAUGACUGGAUGCGUUUGGAACUAGUCAUAUCACCAUUAAAAUCAGCUAUUCAGAAACCAAUGCCUUGUCUCCACAAGUUAUUCUUAUUUUGUUAGCUACCAGCACCCCAAUAUAAAAUUUAGUAUUUGGAUUUGAUAGUUUGUAACCAACAGGUGUUUUGUGUGAGUAGUGAUUCAAAACAUAAAGGUUAAUUCUUUAGGCAGAAAUGUCUGAGAGAGAGGGUUUGGCAAUGGCAGAAAGUGUAACCCAGGUUAUGCAAAAAGAGCUAGAGCGGGGACUUUAGAAGAAUGCAGUUUAAUAGCUAGUAUUGCUUUCUGGGCAUUACUAGCUUCAGCUUAUGUCUGCAGAAGAGCAAUGGCCACAAAUACUAAUAGGACCCAUGACUUGUUGUGGUAUGAAUGUGGAGGGCACACCUGAGGGAAAAGGGAAGCUCCCUCCCGGGAACAUUGAGUGUCUGCUCCAGCUGUCUCCUCAGCUGGUCUGGUAAACCCUUCUGGGUGUUCUUUAGCCGCAUUUUCAAUGAAACAGACUCUAUAAAGUGGCAAAAUUGAUUAACCUCAGGUCUUUCUCAAAAACUUGAGAGCUUUAUGUAUCCUUUAUAAGCCUGCUUGUCAAGGAUUUAAUUUUUAAUAUGUGCUUAAAGUUUUCAGGGCUUGUCAUCAGAAUAUUGAUUUACUGUUACUCAGUGUAAUAAAACCCGAACUAGAACUGAGUUGUAACUAUUGGGAAAGAAAAGACUGUUUUCAUUAGUGCAGAUGAUGGGAUUGUCCCAAGUUGAAAGCCCAGGAAUCUUGUCUUGAAAUUAGUAAGACUUUAGCAAAAACUGCCACUCAUCCAAAGAUUAGUUUUCCAUAUUCAAACAAAAUAAUUAUUUUAAGGUAUAAUGGGGAUAGGUUACCUUUCAUCAUGGCAAUAAGCUCUGUAAAGUGUGUAGACAAACUUAAGGUAUGUGUGGGACCUGUAUGAAUAAAAUACUUUUGUAGAUUCAAAACAAAACAAAACCUUGUGCUCCUAGCUGAUAAAUAUUUUAAAUAUCUCCCUUCUUCCCAGAUCAAUCCAUCAGUCAAAUAUAAGCCCAGUCAUAAUUUCAAAGGGUUGAUAAAAUUAUUCUAAAUUUCAUCCGAAAGAAAAAAUGUGCAAGAAUAGCGAAGAAUGCUUUGAAAGAGAUUAAUGAAGUCAUAUAAUAAUAGAUAUGAAGCCAUACUUUAAAGGUAAAAAAUGUUAAGAGUACUGUAAGUUUAUAUUUGAACUCUCAGACUGAUAACAGUAAUAGCCCAGAAAUAGAUGCUAGUAUAUAUAAAACAUUGCAAAGCAACUAUCAGAACAUAGUGAGGAAGGGGGGUGGUAAAAGUUCCAAUAAGUACCCGUUUGGAGAACAUUAAAUUAUCACUUUGUAAUGUGCGGCAAAAUCCAAAUGGAGUAAGAAUGAAAAUAAACUGAAAGAACAUGUCAGUGACUAUCUUUGCAUGUGAUGGAAUUUUCCAAAUAAAAGCAAUGGGAGGAUUCAUUAAGGAACAGAUAAUAGAUUUAACUAAAAGUGUGUAUUUCCUGAAUAUGAGAAAGCAAAAGGCAAUCAGAAUUGGAAAAUUUGCCAACAGAUUUUGAAAGAGGGAAAAAUG